CAUUCCACAAGUUACUCAGAUUAAACCUAUUAGAAAGCGCAAGCCUAACAAUGUCUGGCCAAAAUCCAUUUGCUUCGUUUGAAAAGUCCUUUACAAAGGACGGAACGGUGUACAAGUAUUUUGAUCUUGCCUCCAUUGAUAGAAAAUACGACCAGCUGCCCUACUCGAUUCGAGUGCUACUGGAAUCGGCGGUGCGCAACUGCGACAAUUUUCAUAUUCUGGAAAAGGAUGUGCAAAGCAUCCUUGGCUGGACGCCAGGCUUAAAGCAAGGCACUAAUGAUGUUGAAGUGUCCUUUAAGCCAGCGCGUGUUAUUCUGCAGGACUUUACGGGCGUGCCUGCUGUUGUGGACUUUGCAGCCAUGCGUGACGCUGUCCUGGAACUGGGUGGCAAUCCUGAAAAAAUCAAUCCCAUCUGUCCCGCUGACUUGGUUAUCGAUCACUCCGUGCAGGUGGACUUUGCACGCACUGAAGAUGCUUUGGCCAAGAACCAAAAUCUGGAGUUUGAACGCAACAAGGAGCGCUUCACCUUCUUAAAAUGGGGCGCACGUGCCUUCAACAAUAUGCUGAUUGUGCCACCUGGCUCUGGCAUUGUGCAUCAAGUAAACUUGGAGUAUUUGGCACGCGUUGUCUUUGAAAACGACGCAAGCGAUGGCAGCAAGACCUUGUAUCCAGACAGCGUUGUCGGCACCGACUCGCACACCACCAUGAUCAACGGCUUGGGCGUGCUGGGUUGGGGUGUGGGUGGCAUUGAGGCCGAGGCUGUUAUGCUGGGACAGUCAAUUUCUAUGUUGUUGCCAGAGGUUAUAGGCUAUAAGCUGGAAGGCAAACUGAGUCCUUUGGCCACAUCCACGGAUUUGGUGCUCACCAUAACCAAGCACUUGCGUCAACUGGGCGUGGUUGGCAAAUUCGUCGAGUUCUAUGGACCUGGUGUAGCCGAGCUGAGCAUUGCAGAUCGUGCCACGAUUAGCAACAUGUGUCCCGAGUAUGGCGCCACUGUGGGCUACUUCCCCAUUGAUGAGAACACGCUGGGCUAUAUGAGGCAGACAAAUCGCUCUGAGAAAAAGAUUGAUACUAUACGUGAGUAUCUAAAGGCCACACAACAGUUGCGCAAUUAUGCUGAUGAGGCGCAAGAUCCAAAGUUCACGCAGAGCAUUACGCUGGAUCUGGCAACGGUGGUGACAUCAGUUUCGGGACCAAAGCGGCCACAUGAUCGCGUUUCCGUUUGUGACAUGCCAGAGGACUUCAAGUCCUGCCUGUCGAGUCCGGUGGGCUUCAAGGGCUUUGCCAUCGCUCCAGAAGCACUUGGAGCCAGCGGCGAGUUCCAGUGGGAUGAUGGCAAAACCUACAAACUGCACCAUGGCUCUGUCGUUAUUGCAGCCAUUACAUCUUGCACGAAUACAUCGAAUCCAUCGGUUAUGCUGGGAGCUGGUAUGCUAGCCAAAAAGGCUGUGGAGAAGGGCCUAACCAUCAUGCCUUACAUCAAGACAUCGCUCUCGCCUGGCUCCGGUGUGGUGACCUAUUAUUUAAAAGAGUCUGGUGUUAUACCAUAUCUGGAGAAGCUGGGCUUUGAUAUCGUCGGCUAUGGCUGCAUGACCUGCAUUGGCAACUCGGGUCCGCUCGAGGAGAAUGUGGUGAAUACCAUUGAGAAGAAUGGUCUGGUCUGCGCUGGCGUACUCUCUGGCAAUCGCAACUUUGAGGGUCGCAUUCAUCCCAACACCCGUGCCAACUAUCUGGCCAGUCCCUUGCUCGUCAUUGCCUAUGCGAUUGCUGGUCGUGUGGACAUUGAUUUUGAAAAGGAACCAUUGGGUGUGGAUGCCAAUGGUCAGAAUGUUUAUCUGCGUGAUAUCUGGCCCACUCGCUCUGAAAUUCAUGCGGUGGAGAGCAAGCAUGUUAUACCAGCUAUGUUCCAAGAAGUUUACAGCAAGAUUGAGCUUGGCUCACCAGACUGGCAGACACUGGCAGUGUCCGAUAGCAAGCUGUACCCCUGGAGCGCUGAUUCAACCUACAUUAAGCGUCCGCCCUUCUUCGAGGGCAUGACUCGUGUGCUUCCCAAGCUGCAAAGCGUUAAGAAUGCGCGUUGUCUGCUUUACCUAGGCGACUCCGUAACCACCGAUCACAUUUCUCCAGCAGGCUCGAUUGCCAGAAAUUCACCCGCAGCACGCUUCCUUGCCAACCGCAAUUUGACGCCUCGCGACUUUAACUCGUAUGGCUCACGUCGUGGUAAUGAUGCCAUCAUGGCACGCGGCACUUUCGCUAAUAUUCGCCUAGUGAACAAGCUGGUGACUAAGACUGGUCCACGCACGUUGCAUAUACCCAGCCAAGAGGAGAUGGAUAUUUUCGAUGCCGCCGAUCGUUACCGUGAGGAAGGCACCAGCUUGGUUCUGGUAGUGGGCAAGGACUACGGCAGCGGCAGCUCCAGAGAUUGGGCCGCAAAGGGUCCAUUCCUGCUGGGUGUGAAGGCAGUUAUUGCGGAGUCAUAUGAGCGCAUUCAUCGCUCCAACUUGGUUGGUAUGGGUAUUAUACCGUUGCAAUUCCUGUCUGGUCAAAGUGCAGAGACUCUCAAGUUAAGCGGACGCGAGGUAUACAACAUUGCGCUACCCGAAAGCGGCUUGAAGCCAGGACAAAAGAUUCAAGUUGAGGCUGAUGGAACUGUGUUUGAAACUAUUCUACGUUUCGAUACCGAAGUGGACAUCACUUAUUAUCAAAAUGGCGGCAUUCUUAACUACAUGAUUCGCAAGAUGCUCGCUUAAGUCUUAAUAGUUAACAUAUUCCAAUCGCAUUUUGUAGAUACCUAAGGUUUCAAUGUGUGCUGGUGCUUUCUCUGCCUUCUGGUUAAACCAAUAAAGUUAAGCUCCACAACUGGUUAGCUGCAAUCCCCAAAA